AUGGCUACAAUUAAGGCCAUAGAAGGCCGAACGAUACAUCAGAUUCAAUCUGGGCAGGUCAUAGUAGAUUUAUGCUCCGUUGUGAAGGAGCUGGCGGAGAAUAGUCUUGAUGCCGGAGCUUCAAGUAUUGAAGUGCGGUUCAAAAAUCAGGGCUUGGAGUCAAUCGAGGUACAUGAUAAUGGCGCCGGCAUCGCAUCCCAAAAUUAUGAGACUAUCGCCCUCAAGCACUACACGUCCAAGCUAUCAACAUAUGCCGAUUUAACGACACUACAUACGUUCGGCUUCCGCGGCGAAGCGUUAUCCUCGUUAUGUGCGCUGUCGGACUUCACCAUCACAACAUGUACAGCUGAAGAUGCACCAAAGGGCACAAAGUUGGAUUUCGAAGUGUCGGGGAAGCUGAAGGGAACGAGCGUUGUCGCGGCACAGAAAGGCACCACUGUGACCGUGGAGAACCUGUUCAAUAAUCUACCCGUCAGAAGGCGAGAACUGGAGAGGAAUAUCAAGCGCGAAUGGAACCGUGUCGUUGCUGUUCUUGGGCAGUAUGCUUGCGUACAGACUGGUGUCAAGAUCAACGUUACCCAACAGGCUGGGAAGGGCAGGAAGACAACCGUCUUUGCAACGAAAGGAAACCCUACGACGAGAGAGAACAUAGCCAAUGUCUUUGGCGCAAAGACCUUGGUUGCCCUUGUCCCGCUAGAUCUCAACCUGGAACUCGAGCCCUCAAGCGGCCCGAGUCAACGUUGGAGUACACAGGAUGAUGGUGGCACGAAGGAAGUCCGAAUCGUCGGCCAUAUUUCGAAACCCAUAUCCGGUGAGGGUCGACAGUUACCAGACAAGCAAAUGUUCUUCGUCAACUCGCGGCCCUGUGGGUUACCACAAGUUGCAAAGGCAUUCAACGAAGUGUACAAGUCCUACAAUAAUAACCAGUCGCCGUUCAUAUUUGCGAAUAUCGAGUUGGAAACGCAUCUUUACGAUGUUAAUGUCAGCCCUGAUAAACGCACCAUUAUGCUGCACGAGCAGAAUAGCAUGUUGGAGCAGUUGAAGCUCUCUCUGACGGAGUUGUUCGAGAAGCAAGAUUACGCUGUGCCCAUCUCGCGGCUGUCAUCGCAGAAGCAACCGGCAUAUAAACAACUGACUAUUAAUCGAGAUCACCUACCCUCUCCUCCAAGUGCCAGGCCAGCAGGACCUGCGAUACUGGAAGUGGCAGAAGAAACGGACGGGGAGUCUGCUCUAGGUGAGGAUCAAAGCAUAGGUGAUGAAGACGAGCAGCCUGGCGAACCCAGAGACGGCGAAUUGGAGGUUCGUGAGGAACCGCGAGAUGUCGCGAACCGAGAUAGGGGUGCGAUAGACUUGAUGAGCAAGUGGCACGAAGCCAAAACGAAAGACAGGGCCAUUCAGGGCGAGACUCGCAGCAAGUCUCGUACUACCGAGAAAGCUGAUGGUCCUUCCAAGGAGGAGUUGAGACUUAGUAAGAGGCUGUCUAGGGAAGGAGAAAUAGACGAUGAAGCUUCUGAUGAUGUGGGAGAUGCCGGUUCUGAACAUGGUAGCAUGGACGAGAUGCCUGAAAUAUCUCACCAUCUUCCAGUGCCUGUUCGGGAUUUUAAUGCGAGGUUGGCGGAGGCAGAGCACGGUGGACAAGAAACUGAUGGAUAUAAACCCCCGCGGCCAAUAACCCACGAUGAUCACAUUCCUUCCAUUGCGUCUCCAACAAGGCGCCCAGCCGCUGGCACUAGUAGUAUCAUCUCGAAGCAUGUCCGACCUAGAAGGAUGCCAGAAGAAACAGCUACUAUCACGAUUGGCGACCAUACAACUGUUAGCUCCAUUGGCACUCCACGCCCCAAGAAACGACGGUUAGAACCGCCAUCGUCAAAUGUUGCUCAGCAAGACUCAACACCAUCAUUUGGAAGUCGCCUGUCGCAAAGAUUCGCGGCACCUGGGGCGGAUACAGAGCAAAUCGAUAGCUCAAUGGAUGAAGGCGAGGAAUCAGUUGAGGAAGGCAUAGAAGAAGAGCAAGAAGUAGGAGUAGAAGAGGAAGACGAGGAAGAAGGAGAGAAAGUCGGAGAAGAAGAAGAAGAGUAUCGGAAAGGUUUAGAAAUGGAGCACUCUCCAGAAAUGGAGCCAGAGGAACCUGUUGAAGCCCCAACUGAAGAAUACGAAGAAGAAACCCCAGACGAGAGUCGAAAUGAAGUGGAUACUACCGAAGAAUUUGCUUCUAUGGCUGAUGAUCAAGAUGGCGAUUACAUGGAUGAAGAGGAUAAGAAAGCUUUGGAAGAUGCAAAAGUUCAGGAGAUGAUCAAGGCCGCCGAAGAGGUAGCAAGCCGGCCCUCAACAGACAACGAGAAGCGAGCCACUUCUUUGCUCAAAAAUGACGCCCGACGAAAAGAUGCUACUGUGCAUCUUGUCAAGAACCUCAGCACAACUGUCGAUGCAAUCGCACAGCAAUUGCAGAACCUCAACGAGUCAUUAGACCACUUUGAAACCUCGACACCCUUCGAAGAACCUAGUGCUUCAGGAAUAGAUUCCGUGGACGCCGAAGAGAAACUCUCUCUGACCAUCCACAAGUCCGACUUCGCAAAGAUGAAAAUCAUAGGCCAAUUCAACCUCGGAUUUAUCCUGGCUUCGAGAACAUCACACGGAUCUGAUUCGACGAACAAGGCCUCUGAUGAUGUGUUCAUAAUCGACCAGCAUGCUUCCGAUGAAAAAUACAACUUUGAACGUCUCCAAGCGUCGACUACCGUCCAAUCCCAGCGUCUCGUCCAACCGAAACCACUCUCUCUCACCGCUGUCGAGGAAGAAAUCGUGAUAGAGCACCUGGACGCAUUAGAAACUAACGGCUUCUUACUGAGCAUCGAUCAUGACGCACCCGUAGGCGAACGCUGCCAUCUCGUUGCUCUUCCACUGAGUCGCGAGACCACGUUCUCACUGUCUGAUCUCGAGGAGCUGAUUGUGCUUCUUACCGAGGCGCCGCCAGGGCAGAUACCAAGGCCGAGCAAAGUGCGGAAGAUGUUUGCGAUGAGAGCGUGCCGGAGCAGUGUCAUGAUCGGACGAACAUUGACGACGAAGCAGAUGGCAAAGUUGGUGGGGCAUAUGGGGGAGAUUGAUAAGCCAUGGAAUUGCCCCCAUGGGAGGCCAACAAUGAGACACCUUUGUGGGUUGGGCGGCUGGGACGAAGAAGGAUGGAAAGAGGGGCAGGGUGUGGAUGGAGACAAAGAUGGGGUGACAGAUUGGAAUGCGUAUGUGAGGCGGAAGAAGAGAACGAAUUAA